CGACGGAACGAUGUCUCGACUGAUCACGCGGGGGUUCAUUGGCACCAUCGGGAACACGCCGCUGAUCCGCAUCGGAAGCCUCAGCGACGCCACGGGAUGCAACAUCCUUGCUAAGGCCGAGUUCUUGAACCCUGGCGGAUCGGUGAAGGACCGCGCCGCGCUGUACGUCGUCGAAGAAAGCGAGAAAGCUGGCUUGCUGAAACCUGGGGGGAUCGUUGUGGAGGGAACCGCCGGGAACACGGGCAUUGGACUCGCGCAUGUGUGUGCUGCUAAGGGGUACAAGUGCGUGAUUUUCAUGCCCAACACCCAAAGCCAAGAAAAGAUCCAAGCAUUGCAAUUCCUUGGCGCAGAUGUGCGUCCUGUGCCUGCGGUGCCAUUCAGUGACCCGCUGAACUACAAUCAUCAAGCACGCGAUUACGCGGCGCAGACUCCCAACGCCGUGUGGACCAAUCAGUUUGACAAUGUCGCUAAUCGCUUGGCGCACACCAAGACGACUGGGCCUGAAAUUUGGGAGCAGACCGAAGGCAACAUCGAUGCGUUCACUUGCGCUACGGGCACGGGUGGUACCCUCGCAGGAACGGGCAUCUACCUCAAGCAAAAGAACCCGAAUGUGAAGAUCGUCCUCGCCGAUCCUCCUGGCAGUGUCCUCUUCAAUUUUGUCAAGAAUGGCGUGUUGGAACGUCAAGGCACGGGAAGCGUCACGGAAGGCAUCGGCCAAGGCCGCGUGACCGACAACUUGAAGGACUCGCCCAUCGACGAUGCCGUGCACGUGGAAGACCACCGGUCCAUCAACAUGGUGUUUCGCCUCCUCAAGGACGAAGGCAUUUUCGUGGGUGCGUCGUCGGGACUGAAUGUCGUGGCAGCGUGCGAUGUGGCCAAAUCCAUUGGACCGGGGAGUACCGUGGUGACGAUUCUGUGCGACUCGGCGUCGCGGUACCAGUCGCGUCUGUUUAGCCGGUCGUGGUUGGAGUCCAAGGGGUUGUUUGAUGCUGUGCCCGAAGAUUGCCGCCAUUUGGUGACUUUGCCAUAGUACUGUCGUCUUGUAUCAAGCGAUAUGCACUGGUGCUGGUGGGUAUAGUAUGUAGUAGUACUGUACAUACUGGUGGGACGAGAUGCUUUGGUUAUAGUUUCUGACAAAACUAGACCUUUGAUUUUCCA